AAUGUCUCACCACCAUCAAAAGUAUUAUGAAAGACCAGGUAAUUCAUUCAUUUUAAUAUAAGAUGGAUAUGUAUACUCACAAGAAGAAUUAGAUGCUCAUAGAAUACCUUUACCCUUUAGAGAUAGAUGUGUUAAUUUUUAUGUCCCAUUCUUCAAGUGCUAAUAAAUUAAAACAGACAAUUUAUUCAAAACAGCUCUUGCAGCUAUUGAUUAAACAUUAGAUCAUUGGUAUUUCAUUACUUCUAUUAUUAGGGGUGGAGAAUGUUACAAAGAAAAAAGAGAUUAUCUAAAUUGUGCUAAAGCAGCGUAUAUUCUUUAUCAAAUUAUAUUUCAGUUAUCAAUAUUCCUUAGCAGUACCUGUCUAAAAUAUUUAUACUGCUAAUCCAUGGUAUGCUAGUCAAGAAGGAGUUUCAGCCGAAUUAGAAAAAAAUCAUUUUAGUUCACCAGUCUUAUAUUGAC